AUGUUUGUGCUCUGCUGCCAGGAGUGUCCAAAGAUGCGAAAUAAAACUGAGUUACAAAUACUACUGAAAUCGGAAUAUCUCAUUCGGCGCUAUGCGAUCACUCGCUUGUACCCAAUGCACGAAGGAGGACAAAUGCUUGGCAGUGAAAUCUACUUUGAAACAUAUCGGAGAAAUGCAAAACAGGUGGAAACCUGCUACGACGAAAAUUAUCGAAAGGUAACGGCGAUUAUUUAUUAA